AUGAUCAUCGACUUGGAUACCGCGUGCUUCGACCGGAGCGCCAUCGCCGUACCAGAAGGUCCAGAUGUCAUGUUGCAUCAAACCCGGGAUCAUCCUCAUGGUUAUCAUUAUCACCAUCAAAUGCGAGAGAAUGUUCCAGCUGAUUUCGCCGACGAAAAUAUCUUCACCUGCAACACCAACAACAAUCACAUGACGGUAGAAGAAGCCAUUGAUGGAGAUCCCAGCAAUACUGGUAAUCAACCUGGACUACUGCAAGAUAUGUUCCAACAACUUGUCGCCGACCAUGCACAAAACCAGAACGGCAUCACCGCCCAAAAUUCGAGCAAUGAAGUCCCCCCGAUGCCGCCUCCAGAUCACCUAGGCUUCUUCCAUCUCUUCCACUUGGCCAGAUCCUCGUCAUCCCCCUCGCCACCAUCGCCUUCGUCCUCCUUGCUCCCGAAACCACCACUCUCAUACGCAAACCCUAACGCAUCCCCAACAUCGUCGGUGCUGUAUGACCCGCUCUUCCACCUGAGGAACUUGCAACCUCAGCCUCCGCUGAUGGGAGAACUAUCGUUCCCGUACGUGGGCUUGCCCAACGAGGCUGACAGAGGGGAAAUCGUCAUUGAUGGAGAAGGAGGGACGACGGCGGCGAUGAUGAUGAUGUAUGGGGAGGAUGAAGGGGUGUUGGAGAUGAUGGAGGGUGGCAAUAGGGUUAAGAUUGGCAAGAGGAGGGGAGGGAAUAAGUUGACCAAGCACUUUGCUGCUGAGAGAGACAGGAGGACUCAGUUGAAUGAGAAGUAUGUGGCUUUGAGGAACUUGAUCCCCAACCCCACCAAGUUUGAUCGGGCAUCCAUUGUGGGAGAUGCCACUGAGUACAUCAAGGAGCUCUUGAUACUUGUGAAAGAGCUGAACCUAAUCUUGGAGAGGAAAAGAUGGGGAAGAGAAAGGAAAUGCAAGAGACGGAGGGUCGCCAUUGAGGAGGAGGAAGAGGAGGCAGAGGAGGCUGUAGACGGAGAGAGCUCCAUAACCACGGUCACGCCACCGGGCGACCUGGCUGAUUGGUCCUUCAACGGGACACUGAGGAGCUCUUGUAUCCAGAGGAAGUCCAAGGUGACCGAGGUCGAUGUGCGCAUUGUCAACGACGAGGUCAUGAUCAAGCUCGUGCAGCGGAAGAAGAUCAAUUGCUUGCUGCACGUGACUCGGGUCCUCGACGAGCUUCAGUUGGACCUCCACCACGUUUCAGGCGGCCACAUCGGCGAACACUACAGCUUCUUGCUCAACUCCAAGAUAUGCGAAGGGUCGACAGUGUACGCGAGCAUGAUCGCAAGCAAGGUCAUAGACAUUGUCGACAGGCAGUACUAUGCAGCCACACCACCACCAAGCAGCUGCAGCUACUAG